AUGAACGGCCUUGCCACCGAGCAACAGCACUCCCAAUCUCUCCUUCAAGACUCCCACAUUGAUGCUGCUGCACCUGCUCUUCCCAAUGGUGCUGGUUCCACCACCAAUAACAACGACGCUCUCUCAUCACCCCACGAUUCCCCGGCAUCUGCAGAUCCGAAUCCUGCGCCUCGAAGUGCCACAGAUGUAUCUCCGGACGCUCUAGCUUCUUCGACUCCCCAAGCUGCAUCGAACGGCUCUGGAACGACGGAAGCAGCAACGGUCCAAAAGGUGGAAGUAAUUGGAAGUUCGAGUGACAAAGGCGAAGGUUCGGGUUCGGCUAACGCACUCUCGGAGACCGUGAAUGUGAAGGAGGAGGGGGAGCUUCUGCUGGACUCUGUCAACGGGAGGAUUGAGCUGUUGGAGCAUGAACAAGAGGUCGCUGUGGGCUCAGAUGAAGGAGGUUUGAUGGGGAGUGACGACGGUCCAACUUGGGUUCCUGAGCCUGAGAACGAGCUGAAGCGCGUAAAGGUUUACGAACUAAUCGGCUCACGAUGGAUUGACCAAGGAACAGCGUUCUGCUUCGGCCAGUUCUCCGAAGAAUCCAACGAGGCUCUCCUUAUCGCCAGGUCGGAAAGGAAUUACAACGACAUUAUCCUAUCAACGACCAUUCGCUCCAACGAUGUCUACCAACGCCAGCAAGACACACUCAUCGUAUGGACCGAACCUGAUGGCGUGGACUAUGCGCUCAGCUUCCAAGAUCCCGAGGGUUGCGCCGAAGUGUGGAACUUUAUUCUAGAAGUGCAACGCCAUAUGAACGCAUCAGACGAUCCAAACAUAUCGUCCCCACUCCUCGGAGAGACUUCUGUUACCACAGCCGGCAUCAUUCGUUCAGGGCACCUUCCAACACCGCAGAUGGGAAUCAUCAGCGAGAUUGAGAGGGCAAUCAAGUCGUUGGCGCGUACACAGCAGGUGAAGGAACGUAUAUGUGAAUACAUUCAACAUGAAGAGUACAUCAAGUCACUAAUUGAAGUCAUGCAUACUGCCGAAGAUCUGGAGAGUUUGGAGAACUUGCAUGCACUGUGUAGUCUUAUGCAAACGAUUCUUAUGUUAAACGAUCACUCAAUGUAUGAACACAUCUUGGAGGAUGAAAUAUUUUUUGGUGUAGUCGGUAUAUUGGAAUAUGACCCGGAUUUUCCAGGACAUAAAGCCAACUACCGCGAAUUCCUCCACAAUACAGCGCAGUUUCACCAACCCAUUCCCGUGCGCGAUAUGGCUGUACAACGCAAGAUCCACCACACCUACCGCUUACAGUUCCUUAAAGACGUUGUCCUCGCCCGAGCCCUCGACGAUUCAACAUUCAAUGUCCUCAACUCCUCCAUCAUCUUCAACCAAAUCGACAUCAUUAAUCACAUCCAGCAAGAUCAGAGUUUUCUGCGCGAGGUCGUACGGCUAUUUGUGGACGAAGAGAUGCUCACUGGUGGCGCUCGACGGGGUCAGCAACCACAGCAGCUCCAACAACCACAAGGCCAACAGCAGAACCAGCCUCCGCAUAUGAUCAUCAGCUUAAACGGCAAUGGAGACAACGUCAGUAAGCCCGAUUCUGCCAUGCCGAUGGACGUCGACCAGAAACCAGCAACCUCAAGUCCGAAGCCAGUCAACGGAACGGUCGCUUUAGUGAACGGACGAGGUGCUAAAUCCCAAGGUACCUACGCAUUCGCACCUCCCGACAACCUGACAGAGAACGAAAUCGCCCUCCGCCGCGAGGUCAUCCUCCUCCUUCAACACCUUUGCACGAUGGGCAAGAACGUACAGAUGCCUGCCCGGAUGACGCUUUUCCGCUCGCUCGUCGAUCGCGGGAUCCUCUUCGCUGUCCAGUGGGGGCUCAGCCUUCCCGAGAAAGUUGACGCCAAUCGUCCGGUCAUCAGUGCCGCUGGCGAGGUCCUCUCGUCCAUGCUGGAUCACGACCUCAAUGGGGUUAGGGGCCAUGUGCUAAAGCAGGUUGUGGCGAUCGAGAAGGAGCGCGAAGCAGGGAAGAAGGGCGCGGAUAAAGCGGAGACAAUCUUGGAGAUGGCGUGCAGGAUCAUGGCUACGAGCAAGGAUUUGGGAUUCCAGAGCCAGAUCGGGGAUGCGUUGAAGGUGUGGAUGGAUGUACCUGCAGCGGACACAAACGCGGCGGCUAGUAAUUCGGAGGCUGUAGGUCCUAAGCCUCAACUGCCGGUUCGGAGGGACGAUCCGGGUACGGAGCGCUACAUGGACUAUUUCUAUAAGGACUGCAUCUCCAUCCUCCUGAAACCACUGGCGGACCUGUCGGAGUGGAAGAAUUUUCCCCGACCAAUCCUCCCUCUUACCCGCGAUGAGACGAAUCGAUUUGUCUACUUGUGUGAUCUGCUCUAUAGUUUCAUCCUCCAGCACCAUUUCAGAAGCCACUUCCACCUCAUGUCAUCUGAAUUACUUCCGCGUGUGGCAACGCUCUUCAAGGCCAAAGAUAAACAUCUCAGGCAUGCCGCAUUUCGUAUCUUCCGCUUGCUUCUGAAGCAAAAUAACCCCAAUUCCCAUGUCCAAGUCCUUAAACAUGAUAUCAUGAAGCCGAUUCUGGACCUGACGAUCCAGGAAUCAACGCGAGACAAUCUGCUCAGCUGCUCAUGUCAGGAAUACUUUGAACACAUGCGCAAGGAGAAUAUGAAAGAUCUGAUCAGGUUCUGCAUGUCGAAACAUGAGCCGGAGAUCCAGCGUCUUGCCAAGAGCCCUCUCGGUGGCCAGCGGUUUGAGUUGUUCAUCCGGCGGUAUGAAAUGAAUAUCGCACCGCCCCCAGAGGAGUCUACACCCGAUAGAUCGACCGCGGAUCGCGUGUGGUCAGGUCCCGGCCGUGCCCUCGACCUCGAGGAGGAAGAUUAUUUCAACGCCGAUGACGAUGAUAGCGAGGUUAUUCCUUCGAUCAGCCAACAGCAUUGGAACCGGUCCGCAGGGACAACAUCACCCCUACCUGUGAACAAUACUGGUAUGAAGCGGAAACGGAGAACAGCUGUUGGUGCUGCAAGUAAGGCGUAUCGACCACCACUCAAGACACCUCAACUCAGUGCUUUGGUUGAUUAUGGCGAAGACGAUGACGAGACAUUAGUAACUGGAAAAGCAAUCUCAGCUCUUGGUCAAUCGUCCAGCCCUGGUUCUCAAAUAGGGGAUUCUUCCAGUAGUCCCAAACUAUCAGGCCGAUCUCCGUCUCCAUCUCCCACCACCUCUCCAAUACUACAAUCACCACCACCCCCCACCAGCCUUCCGCCCAAGCGUGCACUAAAAGGUGACGAUGACGAUAAUGUUCUAGCAAGUCUUGUUCGCACAAGAACACGGUCACAGGCUUCAGUAGCUCCUAGUCCCAUGCGGGCUAGUGAGAAACGCCGGCGAACAGAAGACGAGGAUGACGAACUGCUCGACCGUCUCAAAUCGUCGAAAAAGCCCGACCUCGGCAACCAAAAGGAAAGCACUCCGUCAAUAGGCGGGCGACUGAAAAACGGAGACGACCCUCCGGCGAAGAAGAUCAAGGUGAAAUUUGGUCCCCUUGGAUUAGCUGUCGCAUCUUCGCCGAAUUCAACACCCACGCCACCGGCGACGACGACAAUCACUUCAACGUCAGAACCGGGCAAGAAAGACGGAGAUACAGGCUAA